GGGACCGGAGGGGAGGAAGUCGGAAGCCAGCAGCUAAACAUCGCGAGAGUUGCGUUUGCGCGCGAACUGUAAGUACGUGGGUCUCGGGGUCACGUCUUGACUGGUCGCGGAGCAGGCGGCUGGGGGAGGCGACAAACCCACCGGACCCAGCGACCUCCGUCACCCUGUCAUGGAGACCUCAGCGCACAAGCAGCAGCAGCAGCAGCCUGAAGGGGGCAAGAUCAGGAACCUGCCCUGGGUUGAAAAAUACCGGCCACAGACACUGGAUGAUCUCAUUUCUCAUCAGGACAUCUUGAGUACCAUUCAGAAGUUUAUCAGUGAGGACCGCCUGCCGCACCUCCUUCUCUAUGGUCCUCCAGGGACGGGAAAGACAUCCACCAUCCUGGCCUGUGCUAAACAGCUGUACAAAGAUAAGGAAUUUGGCUCCAUGGUCUUGGAGCUGAAUGCUUCAGAUGACCGAGGAAUAGAUAUCGUUCGGGGACCAAUCCUGAGCUUUGCUAGCACAAGGACAAUAUUUAAGAAAGGCUUUAAACUAGUGAUCUUGGAUGAAGCUGAUGCCAUGACUCAGGACGCCCAGAACGCCUUGCGGAGAGUGAUUGAGAAAUUUACUGAAAAUACCAGAUUUUGCCUCAUCUGUAACUAUCUGUCAAAGAUCAUCCCCGCCUUGCAGUCCCGGUGUACAAGGUUCCGAUUCGGUCCCCUGACCCCUGAACUCAUGGUUCCCCGCCUGGAACAUGUCGCAGAAGAAGAGCAAGUUGACAUAAGUGAAGACGGGAUGAAAGCGCUCGUAACUCUUUCCAGUGGAGACAUGCGAAGGGCUCUGAACAUCUUGCAGAGCACCAACAUGGCCUUUGGGAAGGUGACGGAGGAGACCGUCUACACCUGCACAGGGCACCCACUCAAGUCAGACAUCGCCAACAUUCUGGACUGGAUGUUGAAUCAAGACUUCACCACGGCCUACAGGAAUAUCAUGGAGUUGAAAACUCUAAAGGGGUUGGCAUUACAUGACAUCCUGACAGAGAUACACCUGUUCGUGCACAGAGUUGACUUUCCAUCUUCAGUUCGAAUACAUUUAUUGACCAAAAUGGCAGACAUUGAGUACAGACUUUCUGUUGGCACCAAUGAGAAGAUACAGCUGAGUUCCCUCAUUGCCGCCUUUCAAGUCACCAGAGACCUGAUUGUCACAGAAGCCUAGAUGCUGAGGACCACUUGCUGCCUAUUCUCAGGCCCAGCAGUGACUGGAGAGCAGGGGACACAGUCACCCCCACUUUCGGAAAAUUGUUCCAGGCGUGGGUGGGCAGACAUGUACCCAAAGUACCGUGUUUGUGGCUGGUUGGAGCAGGGAUGUACAAAGCAGUUUUAAGGUACAGCUCUCUCACUGCACUGCCCAUUUGUGUUUUAUAAGGGGGGGAAAAAAGUAAAACCUUUGUAGCCUUAAGGCUUUUACCCUUCAGUUGCCUGGGUGAUAGGAAAUGGGCUACCCCAUUUGGAAUAUCAGGCUUUCAAAUCUAAUACAGUCCAAGUGUCUUCCAACUCAAGGUAAAAAGAACAUCUUCAGAGUUCAGUUUGUAAAUCUAAUCUGUGGCGCUACUUUAAAUAGGCAUUAAUGGAUUUCUGGCCCAAACUAUUAUACUCUUAUAAAGUGGAUUCAAUUUUCUUUCUUACUUUAAAACUGGCCUUUUUAUUUCUCCUUUUGAAGUAGAGGAGUUGCUAGCAGGUUCCCAAUUGUGGUGUGGACAGUAGCGAAAACAUUCAUUUUAAAUGAUGCUAUUGGGGCCAGAGGUCAUUCAACACUGGCUUGUUUAACCCAGGGCACGUAAGACUAAGCCUGACUCUAAACCUGCAAGUGCUGAAAGGAUUGAGACUCUUCAUAUUUAAUCUAAAUGUAAUGCAGUUUAUCUGCGAGCAUUUGUGCUGCAUGUGUGAUAGUGUUCUGCACAAUAAAAAUAAAGCAGCUUGCUUGUUGUGUUA